AUGUCCAACCAACCUAAUAACAACGCCAGUAUGUCAGCGACAUUAGCUCAACUGUCUCCUUUCAACCUCCAACAACUCCAGGCAAAAUUCCCUCAACUCCUAUCAGAGGCUGAAAGACAGUUGCCAGAGGAUAAAAGGAAUGAAAUCUUCAGGAAUAAGAUGAUGAAUUUUAUGAGGAAUAGCAAUAACCAACAACAACAGCAGCAAAAUCAACAAGCUAAACCACCUCAACAACAGAGACCACCGCAACAACAACAGCAAUUUCAACAGCAACAACAACAAGUGCAACAACAGCAGCAGCAAAUGCAACCUCUGCAACCUCAACAGCAGCAGCAACAGCAACAGCAACAAUUCCUGCAACAGAAUGUUCAACCGAAUCAACAACCACAGCAACAGCAACAACCUAGUCCGAUGAUGAAUCAGAAUCAACAGAAUAUGGUCAAUCAGAACCAAAAUCAACAACAGCAGCAACAACAGAUGCAGAUGCAACCACAGCAGCAGCAGUCGGGAAUGCAGAGCCAACCAGGAUUACAGCAACAGGGACAGAUGAAUACUCAAAACCAAGCAUCGUACCAAGAUCAACUCCGACUUCAACAACACGCCCAACAACAACAGCAUCUCGCAGCGAUGCUGGAAAAAACCCAAAGGCUCCAGCAGCAAGCUGUUCAAGCACAAGCUCAACAGCAGCAGCAACAGGGUACACCUCAACAGUUGCAAACCCCUCAACAACAACAUCAACAGGCCAUACCGCAUCCACACCCUACACCUGCUUCCAUCGCCGCUGCGUCCCCUCAGAACCAUCCGCACUCUUCACCUCAGAUGGUCCGACAAUCACCGAUAUCCAAUUCUAAUAGGAAUGUACUGGGUAUGAACGGUAUAAAGACGUUAGUGGAGAACUUCCCAAAGUUGUUGGAGUUGAAGAGGACUGGCAAAUUGGGUGCUGAACAGGAGAAAUUGUUCGAUGCAUUCAUCAGCAGUCCGGAAGGAAGGAAUCACCUCCAGCAAUACCAAGCUCAUCACGCUCGUACCCUCGUCGAAAGUGGUCUCGCCAAUCCUGUCGGUCUUCCUCACGGUGCUCAGCAGCAACAACAGCAGCAGCAAACACCCAUGAUGAACGGUAUGCAGCUUCCACUUGCUACUCAGCAACAGAUGGCUGCUCUCCAACAACAGCAGCAACAACAACAACAAGGCUUUCCUCCUCAGCAGAAUGUUCAUUCAGCUCUACAAGCGCAAUUGCAACAACAAUUCCCUGGUGGUGUCGUACCUGGAAUGAAUCAGCAACAACUCAUGGGGAACCAGCAGCAACAGCAAAUGCAGAGUCCUCAUAUGGGCCAACAGCAGAUGCAUCAAAUCCAAUUGCAACGACUGGCUGCUGCUCAAGCCCAAGCUGCUCAGCAAGCACAAGGUCGAACCCCGAUGCAGAAUCAUGCUCAGUUGCCUAACAACGUCAAUAUGAACCCAGCUCAGGCGCAAGCAUUGGCAAGAGCACAAGCUCAAUCACAGAUGCUUCAACAAGCUCAGAAUCCGAUGAAUCAACAGUACAUGCAGGAUCUCCAGCAACAGCAGCAGCAAGGACAACAACAGAUGCCUCAGCCUCAACAAGGUCAACAGCAAUCACAGCAGCAGCAACCUCCAAACUUUGGUUCACCUAGACCACCUGCACCUCAGUUGAACGUCAUGCAACAGCUGCAUUUGAACAUUCAAGCUGCGACGAACAAGAUGCCGCCGGAGAAGCAAGCGAAUAUCAGGAAUGUACUUUUGAGACUCGCUCAGAUGACCGAGCAACAGCGAGAAAUCGCGUUCAACAAUAACCCACCAUAUCGACAGUUGUGGAAUCAGGUAUCAGGCUUCACUCAAGCCGCUGCUGUUCAGCAGAUCGCCCAACAAGCUCAAGUCGCUCAAUCCCAAGCCCUUCAAGCUGCUCAGUUAGCUCAAGCUCAUGCUCAAGCACAGGGACACGUUCAGGGGCAGGGGAUGAAUCAACUUCCUACCGGAGUCUCAAGUCCCCAUAUCGUGCGACCUAAUGCCAAUUCCACACCUACUUUCCCUGCUCAAGCUACUGUACCCAAUCUACAUAUCCCACCUAACAAACAACGUAACUUAUCUCAAGGUCAGAUCCAGACGCAGACGCCUACUCAAGCUACCUCGUCACCUCAGAUGCGUCCGCCAAUGGCUCAACCUCAGGCGCAAGCGCAGGCACAGCAAUUACAGCAGGCACAAGCUACUCAAGCUCAAGCGGCGUUGAUCCAGCGAAUGAUCAAUUCUGGUAUACCCGUUGCUCAAGCCGUACAGAAUGUUGCUCAGGCUCGUCAACAACAACAACAGCAGCAGCAGCAACAACAACAGAUGGGUCAAGGUCAACAAGGUUUAGCUGGUAAUUUACCAUUCCAACCUCCUAAUUUGGUUGGAGGACCUACCAAUCAGAUACAUGGGAAUAUCACACCUGGAAUGAUCAUCGCUCAGAUCGAUCAAAACCCAAAUCAAAUUCGACCGAAUAUCAACGGUAGAAUCGAUAGUACUGUUGGCAGUGGGGGUAUCAGACAACCAUCUGAAAUGAGUGUUAAUUUACUAUUAGAUAAAUCGCAAUCUUUAUUAUCUAAAGUGAAAUACGAACCAACCCCCGAAUCGGACCUUUUACUCAAAGAGAAAUUAAACCAAUUCCAAGAUCCGAUCACGAGUCAUAGGACCUCUUCAGGAAGAGGUACGAUGGGUAUGAUGAACAGGGUUUUAUCCGAGGUGACAUUGGAGAAAAUGCCUGAGAGCUUGAGGUUGAUGGUUGAUGAGGCGUAUGCUGAAACUCAGGGAGAUAAAGAUGAGAGUACAGGUACAGGUUCGCCUUCUGAAGGGACGUUGGGGAUGAUAGCGAAAAAGAGGAAAGUACAGGAUCUGGCGGAAGGGUUGGAUAAGGCUUUGAAAGUUGAUAGUGAUGUUGAAAGUUUGAUGCUUCAACUGGCCGAAGAACAUAACGAGAUGAUAUCUCAGAUAAGUUGUAGUCUCGCUAAACAUAGGAAGAGCGAUACGAUUGAUCGUAAAGAUGUUCAAUUGGCUUAUGAAACAAUAUUCGGUAGGAGUAUACCUGGAUUUUCAUCCGAUUUGAUCCGAUUAGAUCAAGCUCGAUCAUCUCGUUCGAGACCUACCAAUCCCCAACGUGCGAUCAAAAUGAAGCUCGUGAAUGAAGCGAAAGUCAAUUGGAGGAAAGAGAAAGAAAAGAAAGCGCAGGCGGAGGCCGACGCUGAGGCCGAGAAAGCGAACAAUGUUGAAAAUGGUAUAGAAGAGAAUCUCAAUGUGAAUGGGACAAAUCCCAUUGUUAAUGGACUAUCGCCGGUUCCUAACAUGAGUUCGGGUGGGUUGAGUUUACCGAAUGGGAAUGCAAUCGGGAAUGGAAGUGGGAGCGUAGCUGUGGUAGUUUGA